AUGAAUCGACCUCUUUUUCGAGCACGAAAUCUUGAUCCGAGUAAACGUAUACCACUGCUCAUCGACCAACAUGAUGAUAAUAAUAAUGAUCUUACAAAUUCAUCAACACAAUCAACUUCUAGUAACAAUCUUCUCGUUUCUCUUUCAUCCACAAACACAUCCACAAAUCAAACAACUCAACAAUCAACUGGAUCAACUCAACAGUCAACUGGAUCGACUCCACAAUUACCACAACGAUGUGCACCACAAAUGCCAUUCGUAUCAGGCAUGGAACGAGACGAAGAAGCGGAAUAUCAUCUUCAAAAUGCUCUCGAUGCUCAACGUCGACUUGGUUCAGCAAAAAUUCGUGCUGUACCUAUUCCUAAUCUAUAUGAAGAUCCAAAUAGUCAAUCUAUAUAUCCACCGAAUAUUGAAUUACCUAAACAACUUAUUCGUUUACAGCCUUUACAACUUGAAUCUGAUGAACCUGAAUACGAUAUGGAUGAACUUGAUCAUAAUUGGUUCAAUAAAUCCGUUCGAACUUUAUGUCCAGAACUUACAUAUCUUGAAUAUGAAACAAUUAUUGAUAAACUUGAGAAUGCAAGUACGCGAACACUUGUCUCGUUGGAUGAAGCACGAACAUUGUUUGCAUCAUCAACACCAUCAAUUAUCAAUGAUUUACAUAUAAAAACAGUUUAUGAUUUUUGGCAUGAACGACGAACAAUACGGAACAAACGAUUGAAGCCACGUUUGCUCACAGAACGUGAUAUCAAAGAAGAAAAGGGGAAACAUCACCCAUAUGUUGCUUUUCGACGGCGUGUAGAAAAAAUGACUACACGAAAAAAUCGAAAGAAUGAUGAGCAAGCAUAUAUGUCAAUGCUCAAAUUACGUUCUAGUUUCGAAGCCGUCGUUAAGUUAACAAAUCUGAUCAAACUACGUGAGACAACCAAAGCAUCGUGGCUCGAAUGCGCACUAGCAAUUUUUCAAGCACGUAAUAAUCUAACACCUACUCAACAUCAACAGUUAUUAGCACAAUUGAUUCGUAUUGAAAAUCAGAAAAAGAAUCAUGUGCCAACAUCAACAUUAGCUAGUCUACUACAAACUCCUAUACAAUCACGAUCAUUAUCAAUUGAUCCUAAUGAUCCAUUACAACAAAAAAUAAAAAGAUUUAAAGCAUCACAUAAAAAAACUAAUCAUACUGAUAAACUUACACAAUUAUUAUCUUCACCAACAACACCUAAUGUACAUAAUAUGGGAUUACAAUCAACAUCUAUCCCACCACAAUCUAUACUUGAACGAUUGUCACCAUCAAAUGUUGUUUAUUCACCUACACAACAACAGAUUGGUCGACGUCGUUUAAAAAAUUCUCUAUCAGGAACACUUAAACAAGGAAAAAAUCAUCGAAAUCUAUCACCUGCUGAUCUAUGGAAUCUAGCUGAUAGUACACCGGGAGGUGCCAUUUUGCUUAAAGCUCAACUUCUUGAAGCAGCAAGAAAAUUGCAGCAAAAAGAGGAGCUUGAAAAUAAUACAAAUCGUCGUGUUAUUUUGCAAGAUGGUUCAUCUGUAUUAUCUAAUACAAAUGAAAAUAUAAAUAGUAGACUAGAUGAAAUCGGAACGAGUAUUGAUGAUGAAGAAUCAAUUGAUCCUUGGCAAUUUCGCCCUAAAGCGGGAUGCAGAUAUCUUAGGCCAAUUGAUCAGGAUCAACAACAGCGUGUUCCGUCACAACGUUCCAGCUAUUCUUCAUAUCACUCUCUUGCUUGUCUUGAUGGUAAUCAUCAUGGCAAGCGACGAGUACGAAUCGGUCGAGGCGGGAGAUUGCUUUAUGAUCGUCAUAUUGAACAGGAGAAUAAUGAUUCUAUCGAUGAAACUAUUUCUUCUUCAUCAAAAGUCAAAUCACAUUUCACAGACAAACCUAUCUUAUGGCAACUUUCAUCACAACCAUCACUAACUGAAUCAUAUAAUCUACAUUCACAUUUAACCGUUCAUGAUCAUACAACAUCAUUAGCUCAUCAUUAUCAAUCGAAAUCAUCUUCUUCAUCAAAUUCAAUCUAUUUAAAUGAUUCAUUCUAUCAUGUAGAUAAUUUUAAUUCAUUAUUAGCAUUAAAUACAGGUGGAAAAUAUAGGCCAUCAACGUCGAUCGAACUUGAUCAUCCAUAUUCAUGUUCAUCACGUCGUGUUGAUCUAGCAUUACGUACAUUAGUUGAACCACAACCACCAUCACCAUCAACAUCACCUUUGCCUCAUCCGUCAUUACCUUCAACUACUCCUAUAUCUACACCUCAACAGAUGAUGCUUAUAUCAACGCCACCUACACCACCACCAUCUUCAUCAUCAUUGACGAUACAUAAUAAUGAAAUAGAUAGUUCUCAACAGCAACAACAACAACAACAACAACAACAAUCAUUUUAUACCAAAUCAUCACCAUCAACAUAUGUUUUGUCUCAAUCAACACCAUUUUUUUCGCCACAUCAUCACUCACAUGUUGUUCCAUCAACACCACCACCAUCAUCGCCAUCAUCAUGUGCUCUCGUUCAAUUCGUUCAACUUCAUCGUAUUCUUCCAACGAAUAAAACCCAUAAUUUUGCAUCAACAACACCGGUGACUACUUCUGAUUCUUGA